CACAAUGAAGAAUCUAUCGACAAAUAUUCUGUUUCCUCUGUUCAUUUUCAUGCAGAUUCUUGCUCAUGCUUACUGUCAUGAGAGUGUAGAAGUUCUCCAAUCAUGUUUGGUUGAUCACAGUGUGUUUAACUUCUCUCUCUACCCAAAUUCCGGCAACGAUCCGACUACCUACUUCAGCUUGCUCGAUUUCUCCAUUCAGAAUCUCCGGUUCGCAGUGGCUGAGGUCCCCAAGCCGGCAGCCAUCGUCAUGCCGGAGAGCCGGCAGCAGCUGGUGGCCGCCGUCGCGUGCUGCCGGCUGGGGUCAUGGGAGAUUAGAGUGAGGAGCGGUGGCCAUAGCUACGAGGGCACGUCGUAUAUGGCAGGGGACGGCCGGGUAUUCGUGUUGAUCGAUAUGAUGAAUCUCGCUGGCGUGUCCGUGGAUUCGGAGGCCGAAGUUGCUUGGGUGGAAGGUGGCGCGACGUUGGGCCAGACGUAUUACGCUAUUUCUAGGUCGAGUCUGUCGCUCGGUUUUCCCGCGGGGUCCUGCCCCACGGUGGGGGUAGGGGGCCACGUCGGAGGGGGCGGGUUCGGGCUUUUGUCGCGGAUGUUCGGCCUGGCAGCGGAUAAUGUGGUGGACGCGCUCCUGAUAGAUGCGGAGGGGCGGGUGUUGGACCGGGCUGGGAUGGGGGAGGACGUGUUCUGGGCCAUCCGUGGGGGCGGGGGAGGGAACUGGGGCAUUGUGUACGCGUGGAAAAUCCGACUCGUUAAAGUCCCAGAGCGCGUAACAGGUUUUAUUGUGAAUAGGGCAAGAUCUGAAGGUUGCAUGUUAGACCUGGUCAACAGGUGGCAGCAUGUGGCCCCAGGGUUGGACGACAAGUUUUACCUGUCGUCCUUCCUGGGGGCCUCUCUCCCUGAGGCAAAAGCCUCAGGGCUCACUGCUACAUUCAAAGGGUUCUACUUGGGCACAAAAGAGGAAAUUCUCAAGAUCAUGAAUGAGACAUUUCCUGAAUUGGAAAUCGUCGAGGGUGAAUGCACGGAGAUGAGCUGGAUCGAGUCCAUUCUCUACUUCUCAGGGCUCGAAAAGGGGAGCUCGAUUUCGAGUCUAAGAGAUCGGUUUUUAAAGGGCAAGAACUACUUCAAGGCCAAAUCGGACUACGUGAGGGAUCCGAUUCCGGUGAAUGGGAUCAAAUCUGCUAUCAAGAUUCUGAAAAAAGAGCCAAAGGGGUAUGUGAUUCUAGACCCUUAUGGUGGAGCCAUGCACAAAAUAAGCAAUGAGUCCAUAGCUUUCCCUCAUAGAAAAGGCAACAUUUUCACAAUCCAAUAUCUUGUUGAAUGGGAUGAAGCUGAUAAUGGGAGGAGCCAAGAUUACAUAGCUUGGAUAAGGGGCUUCUACAACGCGAUGACACCCUUCGUUUCGUCUGAGCCGAGGGCGGCCUAUGUCAACUACAUGGAUCUUGACCUUGGUUUUGAAGGCAUGUUGAGCAGUACUAGUACUGAUGCUGUUGAGGUUGCAAGAACAUGGGGAGAGAAGUACUUCUUGAAAAACUAUGAUAGGCUUGUGAGAGCCAAGACAAAGAUUGAUCCUCUUAAUGUUUUUAGGAAUCAGCAGGGGAUUCCUCCAAUGUCAGUUUUGGAUGCAGAAAUGUAA